CUGGUGGCGGCUAGGCAGUGCAGCUCCGUGACAGAUCCGGCGUCGCACGCGUCUCCCACCCCGCGCCGCCACGAUGCCCAAGAGGAAGGUUAAUGCAGAUGGAGCUGCGAAAGCGGAGCCCAAGCGCCGCUCCGCGAGGCUGUCGGCCAAGCCUGCCCCUGCCAAGGUGGACGCGAAGCCAAAAAAGGCCGCGGGAAAGGAUAAAGCAGCAGACAAAAAAGUGCAGAUAAAAGGGAAGAGGGGAGCGAAGGGCAAACAGGCUGAAGUGGCUGACCAGCAAGCUACAGAUCUGCCUGCAGAAAAUGGAGAGACGGAAAACCAGAGCCAAGCCUCUGAAGAAGAGAAAGAAGCCAAGUCCGACUAAGCAUCCAUCGUGCCUGUCAGU